AUGAAGAAGACCGUGGUCCUGUACCCGGGCCUCGCCGUCAGCCACUUCGUCCCCAUGGUGCAGCUCGCCGACGUCCUCCUGGAAGAGGGCUACGCCGUCGUGGUCGCGUUCAUCGACCCCACCCUGAAAGGAGACAUCGCCUUGGCCGCCGUCAUCGACCGCGCCGCCGCCUCCAAGCCGUCCGUGCUCUUCCACAUGCUCCCACGGGCCGAGGACGCUCCCACCUUUGUCCAUGACUCGAAGUUCAUGGUCAGAUACUUGGAAUUCGUGGGCCGCUACAGCCGGCACCUCCACGACUUCCUCUUCUCCAUGCCUCCCGGCAGCGUUCACGCCGUGCUUGUGGACAUGCUGUCCACCGAGGUGCUCGACGUCACCAGCAAGCUCGGCAUCCCAGCUUACGCUUUUUUCCCCUCGAAUGCCUCCGCCCUUGCCGUGUCCGUCCAGGCUUCAUCAGUUCGUUCAGAAGGGCAGCCAAGUUUCGGGGAGCUAGGAGACGCGCCUCUAAACUUCCAUGGCGCCCCAACUAUGCCAGCUUCUCAUCUCCAUGCUGAAAUGCUCGAGGAUCCAGGGAGUGAGACGUUCAAGGCAACGAUGGACAUGGUGAGCAGAAUACAAGACGCCAAUGGAAUACUAGUGAACACGUCCGCAUCGAUUGAGCCUCGUGCGGUGUCAGCCCUCAGCGAUCCACGGAGUUUCCCAAAAAUGCCUCCGGUGUACUGCGUCGGGCCGUUGGUCGCCGGAAACGGCGGCCAGGCAACAGAGAAGCACGAGUGCCUGGCAUGGCUCGAUGAGCAACCGGAGCAGAGCGUAGUGUUCCUCUGUUUUGGAAGCACAGGCGCCGGCAACCACUCUAAGGAGCAGGUGAAGGAGAUAGCCACUGGCCUUGAGAGGUCCGGCCACCGGUUCCUGUGGGUGGUGCGGGCGCCUCCCCACGACGGCCCGGAGAAGCCGUUCGACCCCCGCGCGGACCCGGACCUCGACGCGCUUCUGCCCGCGGGUUUCUUGGAGAGGACCGACGGUCGCGGCCGCGUCGUCAAGCUGUGGGCGCCGCAGGUGGACGUGCUCCAUCACGCGGCGACAGGGGCGUUCGUGACGCACUGUGGGUGGAACUCGGUGCUGGAGGGGAUUGUCGCGGGCGUGCCGAUGCUCUGCUGGCCUCUGUACGCGGAGCAGAAGAUGAACAAGGUGUUCAUGGUGGAGGAAUAUGCAGUCGGCGUGGAGAUGGUCGGCUGGCAGCAGGGACUGGUGAAGGCCGAGGAGGUGGAGGCCAAGGUGAGGCUGGUGAUGGAGUCGGAGGAAGGCAAGCAGCUGAGGGCUCGGGUGUCCAAGCACAAGGAAGGUGCAGCAAUGGCAUGGAAAGAUGACGGCUCGUCGCGCGCUGCGUUUGCCCAGUUCCUGUCGCACGCAAGCAACGUCUCGCGCAGGGGCUGA